AUACGUUGGAUCUCUGGGUACACGAGGGCGAACUUGCCACUCGGAGCGGCAUGCAAGAGCCUUGCAGCGGCGUCUCGCCAACACCGAGCAGCGCCACAAUCAAGGCCCUCAGGCUGUCGACCUGUCUCGGGGGAGGUCGCGAGGAGGAGCGCCAAGGGGGGGAAAGGUUCGACUCGAGCAGGCCGGGCGCGGCUUGAGCCUCGGCCGCGAGGACGACGCGAGGCCUGAGCGCCUGCUCCAAAACAGCACUCCGAGGACACGGGUCCACAACACACUGGGUUCGACGACCGCUCCGUGUCCCCGCGAGGAGAGGGGAGGGGGAGGGGGGGGGGAGAACGCGAACGAGCGACGCAGCGACGGGCUUCCGUCAGUCAGCCCAUCGGGCCCGCGGUAAGGAACCGUCGGCGCGCCGGGCUCGCGCGGCCGAGGUGCACGGGGCAGGUCCCCUCGCCGCCGAUGGCAGGCGCACGAGCGAGUGGCCGUGGCUCCCAAAUAUGACGGCUCGCGCACGGCACGGCACGGAAGCCCUGCGCCAGCCGGCGCGCGAGCAGGGUGAAACCGGCAGGAUUCCGCCGCUCGGCCACGGGCGCACGGCAGCCUCCCACGCACGAGCGGCUCCGCCCUCUCGGCGAAAAGGAUGCAGCGAGCCGCGCAGGAGGGCCGGCCGCCAGCGAGGAGACCCGAGGCGCGACGGGGCCGCUGCGCUGCCUCGAGGGCGGCGGUGGUCCAGGCAACUCUGCCCGUUCGGGAAUGCGUGCUGCACGCGGUGACCGCCAUGGACACAGAAGACGUGCAGUCGAGCUUGACUGCAGAGGGCGCGCGAGAGGACACAAGACAUCGCAGGACCCUUCCGAAGGCCGCUUUGCCUCCUGGAACGCGGAGGACCCGGGACGCGACGCACAGGGCGCACAUGGAUCUGGCAGGGCCGACACGGCAUCGAACUCUACCGCCUGUGACGGCGAGGAAGAACAAACGAGCCUCGGUGGUUCAAAGAUGGGGUCCCGAGGGAUGGGGUCCUAAGGACGAGGCGCCUCAAAUAGUGAAAAUCCACCCUUGUCGCCACAGCCAUCCUCUGCAGCUAGUGAGUGCCGCACUAUGAGCUGACCGCCUCCUCGGCGAACCAGAGCGCGAUCCAAAC